GUCAGAUUGGACGUGUUUUUCUGAACGUUCCCACUAAAACGCGAAUAAAAAGUGGUACAGAAGUUUUAAAGUGUUGUUGUUUUUCGAGCCAAGAUUGCCUGUUGAAGAAUGAAUUUGCGACAGACUCUAAUGUAUGCGCGGCAAUAGCAAGUGAUGGUGUGAUGAUACGAAGGCCAAGAAGAUCAAUUAAAAUAAAAAACAGCAGUUGAAAAGUGAGACCAUCCGCAACGAAGCGAGGGAAAUGGAAUCAAUUCGUGUAGUGUUCUGAGUAAACAUUCAAUCGAAUAAAACGGAAUAGCGAAAAAAAACAAUACGUUUGAUGGUGAAAUUGAAUUAAAUAUUAAAAUUAAAUUAAACUGUGCUGAACUUUGCUGGGUACGCGAGAGUACGGUUUGAGUGGAAAAUAUAUCAAUUAGCAUUGUGACAAUAAAGUGAAAAACAUGGUGAUUGUGCAAUCGAACAUUAUCACAUCCAAUAGUCGUAUUGGACUCGAAUGGGACAUCAAUGAUCCAAACGUGCCGCUGGUCUGCGAGACGGAUUUGGAUGAUUUCAACGAGUGGAGCGAUGGUCAUUGUCGCUACAUAUACCGUGCAAUGGAUGAGCAGGCCAAACGGCACUCAUCCGGAUGGGCUAUGAGGAAUACCAAUAAUCACAACGUUAGUAUCUUGAAGAAAAGCUGUCUGGGUGUGUUGGUUUGCUCGGCACGAUGCGUCCUUCCAAAUGGGGACAAAAUAACGCUCCGACCAGCAAUUUGCGACAAAGCCCGUCGGAAGCAACAGGGUAAAGCUUGCCCGAAUCGAUUAUGCGUCGGAGGUGUUUUGGAAAUAUUACCCUGCCGGGGACAUUGUGGUUACCCGGUCACUCACUUCUGGCGCCACACAGCAAAUGCCAUCUUCUUUCAAGCCAAAGGAGUUCAUGAUCAUCCUCGGCCGGAGUCGAAAUCAUCCGGAGAAACACGCAAAAUUCUGGGAAUCGGUCGACGCGAACGUGUUCUAAAAGCAAUACAAUCAAAAGUUACAAAGAUUACAGGCGGUAAACAAACCAAAAAAGCAACAAGGCAGCUACUUGAAUCAUGCAAAGCUGUACCCGCUAGUCAACCCAGUGUCAAUCAGUUGAACCGUCUUAGUGCGGAAAAUAGUUACAACUUAACAUUCCAAAGCAACUACAAAUCAAACAACCACUACGGAGUUGGACUUGCGCCCACCAAUCACUCGAGUCACGUUCACCCGACCAAUCAAGAGUACAACUAUUCGUACUACUACGACAAUUCCAGCUUCAUUCACCCGGAAGAAAUAUUCCAGCUGGAUCAGCCGAUUCGACCAAUCAACAAACACCCAAGUUGUUCCAACACUAGUCUGCAUACGUUGGGAGUUUCACCGCCCACGGUUCUAGACAUGGAAAGUGGCAACAUCUAUAAGAACAACAGCUUGACCAGCCCCAAUGAUUACGGCAGUCGGUAUCUCGACUGUAUCAAGUACGAAACUAACAGCACCGAUACGGACACCGCUAGUCUGACCAGCGGUUCCAGCAUGUUCGACGACUUCUCCUAUUACUCUAGCCCGCAAGCCGAUUAUCAUGGCGCACACACAAAUAACAACAACGCCACUUUGCCCGAUAUGAACAAGAUGAACCUGCGUUUGAGCGAUGACAUUAAUUCGUUCUUUAUUGGCCAAACGAGUUGCGGGUCGCAAAGCAAGCUUACUGCUGAUACUGCUUCGAACGCUUCUACCAAUCACUUACUGGAGAACUUUUGCUACGAAAAUUAUAGUAAUUCUGCAUCGCCAAAUGCAUCGACAACAGCGGCGUCGAUGAUUCAGCCAUUCAGCGCAGGAUACAGUAGUGAAGGACCUAACGGAGACGCCCUCGUACCAAAUAGUGGUACUGUAGAGCACUCCACGCUUCAUGUUGCUGACAAUUGGUGGACCGGAGUUGGAGGGGGCAGCAGUGGAAACAACACCAAUUACUGGCAUCAAACCGAUACCGUCGCUUCUGGCAAUCAACAGCAGUACUAUCUGAUGGAACAGUCGGAAUAUUUGAGUUAAAUAUGAAAGGUAGUAGUAAUGAAGCAUAAUGAUUGACAAAUUGUUGCUGGCAUGCGACAACAGCAAGAAGAUCUCUAAAGAAGAAAAGAAGGUAGGAACAAAAAGCUGUUGAAAUAUUGAGUUUGUUGUUGAGAGUUAACUCACAAGUUAAUAGAAUCAUUAAACUCGAUAAGGUUCAUUAAGUUUCGACGUGAAUUAUUCAACUGCACCAGUGUAGAAAUCUUACGUUUAUUUUUACAACACUUAGAUAUUAUUUCUCUGCCUCAGUACUGAUUACAACUUAUAUCAUAGAAAAAAGUGAAGUGUUUCCAAAUGUAAUUAGGGUUACGAAGAUAAUGUUUUUGUUAAAACAGCUCUAGUCAUAUGUAUUUUAU